UGCCCCGCUCGGGUGGCGGCAGCGGCCACGCCAUGGGUCUCAAGCCCUGGCAGAAAGCCCUAUUCCCCCUCCGCUCCGUGGGCUCCGUCGUUCGCCUGUUCGAGGCGGAACUGGCCCAACCGGAACCAGACCUGGUGUUGCUCUCCCUGGUGUUGGGCUUCGUGGAGCACUUCCUGGCCGUCAACCGCGUGCUCCCGACCAACGUCCCUGGCGUCAGCUUCGAGGCCCGGCCGGGCCCGGAGCCUCAGGCUCGCGCCUACUUCCCGGUGGCGGAACUGUCCAUCGUGGCCGCGCUCUACGCGCGCUUCACGGCACAGAUCCGCGGCGCCGUGGACCUGUCGCGGUACCCGCGGCCUGGCGGCUGCUCCUCCCGCGAGCUGGUCAGGAAGGUGGCGGAUGUCAUCUGGAACAGCCUCAGCCGCUCCUACUUCAAGGAUCGGGCGCAUAUCCAGUCGCUGUUCAGCUUUAUCACUGGCACCAAGCUGGACAGCUCAGGUGUGGCCUUCGCGGUGGUCGGGGCCUGCCAGGCCCUGGGGCUCCCGGAUGUUCACCUGGCGCUGUCCGAGGACCACGCGUGGGUCGCGUUCGGGGCCGGGGGUCAGCAGACGGCUGAGGUCACGUGGCACGGGAAGGGCAACGAGGACCGGAGGGGGCAGAGCGUGGCGGCGGGCGUGGCCGAGAGGAGUUGGCUGUACCUGAAGGGCUCCUACCUGCGCUGCACGCGCCACAUGGAGGUCGCGUUCAUGGUGUGCGCCAUUAACCCCUCCAUUGACCUGCACACGGACAGCCUGGAGCUGCUGCAGCUGCAACAGCGCCUGCUCUGGUUGCUCUACGACAUGGGCCACCUGGAGAAGUACCCCAUGGCUCUGGGUAACCUGGCUGACCUGGAGGAGCUGGAGCCCACUCCGGGCAGGCCUGACCCCCUCACCAUCUACCACAAGGGUAUCCAGUCUGCCCGGACCUACUACAACAACGAGCACAUCUACCCCUACAUGUACCUGGCCGGGUACCACUGCCGCAACAAGAACGUGAAGGAGGCGCUGGAGGCCUGGGCUGACACCGCCACCGUCAUCCAGGACUACAAUUACUGCCGGGAGGACGAGGAGAUCUACAAGGAGUUCUUUGACAUUGCCAAUGACGUCAUCCCCAACCUGCUCAAGGAGGCAGCCAACGCUGAGCCCCCGGGGGAGGGGGACCCCGAGGCCCCGCCCCCAGGGGGGGGGGCUCUGCAGGACCCCGAGUGCUUCGCUCACCUCCUGCGGUUCUACGAUGGGAUCUGUAAGUGGGAGGAGGGGAGUCCCACCCCCGUCCUGCACGUGGGCUGGGCCACGUUCCUCGUCCAAUCACUGGGCCGCUUCGAUGGGCAGGUCCGCCAGCGGGUGACGUUGGUGUCCCGUGACACGGACCCCCCGGAGGACGAGGACCCCGGGGGGGAGGAUACCCGGGACAGCCGGAGGAGGGGCCCCCGCCGGGAGUCCAAACCGGAGGAGCCCCCACAGCCCAAGAAGGGUCCUGAGCGGCGCCGGGCACUAGGACCGCGCAGCGAGGACCCCCCGGCCGCUGUUCCCAGCGCGGCCGCUCCCCCCUCCGCACCUCCCAACGUCACCGGCUCCAAUCCCAACGUCGCCGGUUCGAAUCCCAACGUCGCCGGUUCGAGUCCCGUCCCCUCCGGUUCGACGGAGCCCACGGGGCCGGUGCUGCUGUUCCAGAGCCAGAAGAUGAGGGGCAUGAAGGAUCUGCUGCGGGCCCCGAAGAUCAACUCCAGCGCCAUCAAACUGCAGCUCACGGCUCAGUCCCAAGUGCAGCUCAAGAAGCAGAAAGUGGCUCCCAGUGAUUACACUUUGGCCUUCCUCAAGCGGCCCCGGAAGGGGCUCUGAGCAUGAGAACCCCCCCCCCGGGGGGUAUGGGGA